AUGGACAAGGUGCCUCCUAAUAUGUGGAUUGGGAGAACAUAUAUCAAUGAUCCUGGACUUGAUGUUUCUAGUGAUGUAAAUGAUUUAGAUCUUGGUGAUUUAGACUCAGGUCCUGGAAGACCUAUUCUAAAAAAUUUCCCUAAAAAGAAAAUUGGUUCACAAAAUCGCUCAUUCUCAGCUGGCUUGUAUAAGGAUUUUGAAUGGCUAGAAUACAGUGUUAAUAAGGAUUCCGCUUUUUGCUAUGUUUGCCGCAUGUUUUCCAGUGAAUCUGGAAAUGCUGAAGAUACAUUUACAAAAAUUGGAUUGAAAUCACAUGCUUCUGCUACUAAUCAUUUAGUUUGUCUGUCAAGAUUAAACGAAUAUAAAUGUAGUAAAAAAAAUGGUUCAGUGUUAUCACAAUUAAGUUCUCAACAUCAGCAACAAAUAACAAAAAAUCGCAACUUUAAAGAAAUGUGUAAACUUUUCUCAAAAUAUGAUAAUGAAUUUGAAGCAAUGUACUUGAAAAAAAUUAACCUUACUGGCUGGGCAAUUCAAGAAGAUUUAAUCAAAUUGUGUGCUGAUCAGGUCAAAGGAAUAAUAUUAAAUUAA